AUGUUCAAAUACUUCUAUAACUACGAGACCUCUGCCGAUUUCGCCCAGAAUUUCGACUGGAUGCAAGCGCAACACAACAGCGAUUGGAAUCAGCACGAUGUAGUUGACAAAUCGCAACGCCUCGCCAUCCUCAUCGACAACUAUGAUGUCCCGUUUUGGGUGGCAACCAGGUCCGAAUCCGACGACUAUUACUUUGCGGUCACAGAUACCAUCGGGGCAUUCUUCUCUGCGAUAGAAGUAUGCAGUCAAACUGAGCGGAUCGGGCUCGUCCUUCUUGCGGGCGAAACAUUCAUUCUAGAUCAUAUGCCGCCGAGACCCGAUCAGCUACCGUGA